AAUAAUGAGAAUAAUGAAGAAAUUUCAUCUUCCUCUAAUUCCUCAUCACCUACAAGUAUUGAAUUUCAAUCGAAACUUUCUGAAGGGUCAAGCACAUCAGAUUAUUGGUUUCAUCGAGAUUUGAUUGUUUUUAAAAAUUUCGAUCUAUUACGUUCCAAUGAUAUCUUUGUCGUUCUCGUGAUAAUUUAUGCCAUCGUUCCAAUAUUUAUUACCAAUGCAUCGGAAAAUGUGAUCAAAAUUUUUUUGAUUGCUCAAUGUUUGGCUUGGCGAAUAUUUCAUUCUUAUGGAUUAGGUACAAUCUUGUCUUUGCAAAGUAAAGAAAAAUUCUUGACAAAACAUUAUAUCAAGUUUGGUGGUACAGUAAGGGUGUUGUUAAUAGCUUUACACGUUUGGACCUCGAUUUCCGUAUUUGAAGUUUUAGGUGAUUUCGGGUGGUUCUAUGGUGACUUUUUCCUUGAUGAUUACCCUAUCACAUUAUAUUAUAAUGGAAUUUAUCGAUUCUUAAAUAAUCCGGAGAAAUUAAUUGGGCACGCGGCAUUUUGGGGAAUAAGUUUGAUUGCCAAUAGUUGGUUGAUUUUCGGUUUGGCAUUAGUUGCACAAAUUUCAAAUUUCUUAUUCUUACAAUAUGUUGAGAGUCCUCAUAUGCAAAAACUUUAUGGUGAUAAGAUUCGUAAGGAAGCUGGUUUAACCAAGACUAUUAAACGUGUUACACUUCUUCCUGAUAAUGUACGAACCCAAAUUGUUGAACGAGUCAUUAUGGAAGUUACAGAAACUAUUGAAAAAGUUGUUGAAGAAACCACGGUAGUCGUCGAAGAAUUUGUUGUGGCGGCAAGACCAAGGAUACAAGAAAUGGUUUUGGAAGCCAGAAAUUUACUUCAAAGUCAAAGAGAGAGAUUCAUAAUUAGUCGAGUCCCCAAAGAUAGUGACAAUUAUGAUCUCGAGAAAUAUUCAAUCACAAUAGUUCUACCUUCGGAAGGAGAAUCGGGAGAAUCGGAAGAAUCAGAUCACGAUACAAUUUCAAAACCUAUUAAUUUCGAACUUGGUAUGCCAAUAAAAUUAAUAUGGACGGCACCAAAAAAUCAUUCACGAUUAGAUUGGAUUGGAGUUUACAAGGUUACGGCGAAUUCAUCAAAAAUGAUAACAAGUGAAGUAUGGUUUAAAGGGGACAAAUUACCUUGGGAAUUAGGUACUUAUGAAUUUAGGUAUCAUCAUGAUGAUGGACAUAAGGCGAUGUUCGUUUCUCAACCAUUCGAAAUUACUGUCAACACACCAAAAUUUAUUUCACAACUUCCCAUAAUUGAGAAAACGCUUUUAACAUUAGUACAAAGGGCUCUUGAGUAUGAUGUAGAAUUUAUUCCACGUACUACAAAUGAUGAUUAUAUAUUAAUGAAGGAUUCCCAUCCUUUACGAAUUGUAUACGGAAUAAAGAUGAUUUUUGGUAUAGAUUUUACGUGGGAAAUAUCUGGAGCACAACAUGCAUUAGAACCAUUUUCUUCACAUCAACGUAAGUAUUCUAAAACAUCAUCCGUUAACGGGGAUUCCGAUGGGAUAAAUUAUCCAGCAUCACCAGUUUCAAGUGAUAGUAGAAAUAUGUAUAAAAGAGAUUUAAAUAGCAUAUUAUCACUUAAGGAAGAAUAUAAGAUAGGCGACCGUUUUAAAGCAAGUAGAAGAAGAAAACCUUUCCAUCCAUAUAAUGAACAGUUCAACGAAAGAGUUUCUCUUAUCCAAGCUGAUAUUACAACUUUAAAAGUCGAUGCAAUAGUUAAUGCUGCCAAUGAAACACUUUUGGGUGGAGGUGGAGCUGCGGGAACAAAACUUAAAGAAGAAUGUAUAGACUUAAAUAGGAGGGGUGGAUGCAGGACCGGAGAUGCCAAAAUAACAAGGGGCGGUAGACUUCCAGCUGACUAUGUAAUUCACACUGUUGGACCAAUUGGUGAACGAAAAGAACUUCUUGAAAGUGCAUACAAAAGUUGUUUUGAAAUCUUUUCUAAAAAUCCCAGAGAUCCUGAUAGACAUUUAAAGAGCAUAGUGUUUUCUAAUAUCAGUACAGGGGUUUACGGAUAUCCACGUUAUCCAGCUGGACAUGUAGCUUUGGAAACCACUUGGAAAUGGUUGUCAGAUCAUAAAGAUCUUAAUCAGAGUACUGUGUCUCCCUUGCCUAGGGAAGAAAUUGGAAAAAAUAAACUUAAUGAAAAACAAUCUGAAAUUAUAUCUAAUUCAUUAAAACAAAAGGAAGAACGAGAGGAGGAUACGCAUAAAAUGGGCGAACCAGAAUCUUCAAACUUUCAAGGUCAAGAUGGACGAGAUGAAAUGGAUACGAGUCCGGAUAAUGUGGAGCCAGUGAGCUCAAUUACGGAAAAUUUUAAAAAAGAUAAUAAAGCACGAGAUAUCGAAUCAGAAUCUUCAAAUUUACAAACUCAAGGAGAUGAAAUGGAUACGGAUAAGACAGAAAAUCCUAAAAAUGAUAAGAAAGUUGAAGUACCAGAAUCAGAAUCUUCAAAUUCACAAGCUCAAGAAGAUGAAAUGGAUACAGAUCUAGUAAGCUCAAAUAAUAAUGUUGAAGUACUUGGUACUGAAGAGAAUAGUUCCACCGACAAUCAAGAUAAUUCCUCGGAAUCUCAAGAGGAAAUUAAAAGAAAUGAUUCUUCAGAACAUAAAAAUGAUUCUCCAGAACAUAAAAAUGAUUCUCCAGAACAUAAAAACGAUUCAUCAAAUAUUAAUAUUUCAUCUGUAAUUACUGAAAAGGAAACGAUUACUGAAAAGGAAACGAUUACUGUAAAGGAAAAAAUUACUGUAAAGGAAAUCGAAGUGACUACUACAAAAGAAAGUGAAAUAACUGUUGUAAAAGAAGAAAAUGAGAAAGAAACAAAUGAACUACCCAAUUCUCCUGUUUCAUUAAAAGAUGAAACUGAAUCUAAAAAAAAUGAUGUUAUACCGGAAAUCAGAUCACAAGAAAAUAAUGUUGUACCGGAACCAAUUUCUAAAGAAUUUCACGCGAACCUAUAA